AUGGCAACUUCAACAUUCAGCCCUGAUGUUGCAAAAGUUUCUAUACUUGGUUCAGAAUCAAUUAUAGCCGGUUUUCAUUUAACUGAGUAUAUUGCUCGCGAUGUUAUAAACAACAUAAUUGCUUCCAAUUAUGUUCUUAUUACCGACAGUAAUUUAGCUCCUAUUUACCUAGAAAAGUAUGUCAAGACAUUCAAGACAGUAAUUCAAGAAAUAUACACCAAUAAAGAUGAAAAAGAGCCACGUUUAUUUACUCGUGUCCUUGCUCCAGGAGAAAUGACAAAAUCUCGUAAAGUAAAGGCAGAUAUCGAGGACUGGCUUCUUUCAAAUGCUGUUACUAGAGAUACCUGUUUUCUAGCUAUGGGUGGUGGAGUCAUUGGUGAUCUUGUCGGUUUUGUAGCUGCCACCUUUAUGCGUGGUGCUGCUGUUGUUCAAAUCCCUACUACUUUAUUAGCAAUGGUGGACUCUUCCAUUGGAGGUAAAACUGCUAUUGAUGUGCCUGCUGGUAAAAACUUAAUUGGUGCCUUUUGGCAACCUAAACGCAUUUUUAUUGAUAUUAAUUUUCUGUGUACUUUACCGGAACGCGAAUUUUCUAAUGGCAUGGCUGAACUUAUUAAGACCGCUGCUAUUUCUAAUGAGGAUGAUUUUUGUAAACUCGAAAAUGGGGUUGAGGCUAUUCGUGAUGCUGUUCUAGGAGAUAAUUCAAAUAUCCUCAAUCAAGGUAUAACCUUAGAUACUCGUACAGAAGCUCAAAAGUUACUAAUGGAUGUUAUUUUGGCUUCGGUACGAUUCAAGGCACAUGUUGUAUCUAAUGAUGAAAGAGAAGGUGGACUUCGUGGUUUACUUAACUUUGGACAUUCUAUCGGUCAUGGUAUUGAAGCCCUUGUAUCACCUUUAAUGUUGCAUGGCGAAUGUGUUUCAAUUGGUUGCAUUAAAGAAGCUGAAUUAGCUCGUAAUUUGGGUUAUCUCAACCAAGUUGCUGUUGGCCGUUUAACUCGUUGUUUUGCUUCCUAUAAUUUACCCAUCAGUUUGAACGAUAAAAAGGUGAAAGAUAGAAUUGGAAACUUUCAUUGCCAUGUUGAUGAUAUUAUGGAAGUCAUGAAGGUUGAUAAAAAGAACCAAGGUGAUAAAAAGCGAAUUGUUAUGCUUUCUGCAAUCGGUAAAACCUUGGAACCUCGAGCAUCUAUAGUUGCAGAUGCUGAUAUAUAUAAGGUUCUAUCUCCUGAACAACAAGUUUUGCCUGUAACUGAAUCUGUUACUGGUCCCAAGAAAGAAGUUUCUUUGACUACUCCAGGUUCCAAGUCGAUAUCGAAUCGUGCGUUAUUAAUCGCAGCUUUAGGUAAAGGCACUGUUCGUAUUAAGAAUUUGUUACACUCCGAUGAUACACAAUUUAUGUUGGCUGCUUUAAAAGCAUUAAACGCCGCUGAUUUUGAAUGGGAAAAUAAUGGUGAAACCCUUGUUGUUCAUGGUGGUGGUGGUAGACUUUCUGUACCUGAUAAAGAAAUUUAUGUUGGCAAUGCAGGCACUGCCUCCAGAUUCUUGACAUCAGUCUUAGCUCUUAUUCCUACUGCUGAAGGUGCUAAAAGCCCUUACGCUAUUUUAACUGGCAAUGCUCGUAUGAAGCAAAGACCUAUUGCGCCUCUUCUAGAUGCUUUAAAGGCUGAUGGUGCUCAGAUUAAAUCACUCGAAAAGGAUGGCUUUUUACCAAUCGCAGUUACACCUAAUGGUGGCCUUAAAGGGGGUCGUAUUGAAUUAUCAGCCUCUAUCUCUUCUCAAUAUGUUUCUUCUAUUUUGUUAUGCGCACCCUAUGCUAAAGAACCUGUUGAGCUUGUGUUAACAGGUGGACAAGUUAUUUCACAACCUUAUAUUGAUAUGACCAUUGCCAUGAUGGAAUCUUUUGGUGCUGUCGUCGAACGUCUUCCCGAGAACACCUACAGAAUUAAGCAAACCGUAUACAAGAACCCUGAUACUUAUCUCGUUGAAUCUGAUGCUAGCUCUGCUACCUAUCCACUAGCCAUUGCUGCUAUUACUGGCACAACAUGUACUGUUACCAGUAUUGGCUCUAAAUCACUUCAGGGUGACGCUACGUUUGCAGUUAAUGUUCUUAGACCUAUGGGAUGUACUGUUGUUCAAACUGAAACCUCUACUACUGUUAUCGGUCCUCCUAUUGGUCAGCUUCGCCCUAUUCCAGAAAUUGAUAUGGAAACUAUGACAGAUGCCUUUUUAACUGCUACCGUUUUGGCUGCUGUUACAUCCCCUGCUGACGAAAAAAGCGAAAAUAUAACUCGAAUUCAUGGUAUUGCUAAUCAACGUGUUAAGGAAUGUAAUCGUAUAGCUGCUAUGGUUCAUGAGCUUACAAAGUUUGGUGUUCAAGCUUCUGAAUUACCUGACGGUAUUCAAAUUCAUGGAAAGGCUAUCAAGGACCUAAAAGCACCAAAGGAAGGUGUUCAUACUUACGACGAUCAUCGUAUUGCGAUGAGUUUUUCUGUUCUUUCAACUGUCGUUCCACAGGGUACUAUUAUUACAGAUAAGAAAUGUGUAGAGAAGACUUGGCCUACAUGGUGGGAUGAUCUUGAAGGAAAACUUGGUGUUCGUUUGAAUGGUAUUGACCUUGGCAAGAAAUUAAAUGACUCUGAAAAAUCUUUAGGUCAUGCUAUUAUUACACGAAUCAAGAGAAAUGUUGAUCAUGAAAAAUCAGUAGUUAUUAUUGGCAUGCGUGGUGCUGGAAAGACUACACUUGGACAGUAUGCUGCAGAAGUUUUAGGUUUCAAAUUUAUUGAUGUUGAUCAGUACUUUGAAGUAGUCUUAAACACAACUGUUUAUGAUUUUAUUAGCACCUGGGGCUGGAGUCAGUUCCGAGUCAAAGAGACAGAAGUUUUGAAAGAAUUGUUGGCUAAGGACUCUGAAUAUUGUCAGGGAUACGUGAUUGCAUGUGGUGGUGGUAUUGUUGAAACUGAAGAAUCUCGUUAUCUUCUUAAGAAAUACGUUAAAGAAGGUGGUAAAGUUUUGCAUUUAGUUCGUGAUUUGGAUCAAGUUGUUUCCUAUUUAAAUCGAGAUAAAACACGUCCUAUGUAUGGGGAGGACAUGAUGAAUGUUUGGCGUCGUCGUCGUGUGUGGUAUAAAGAAGUCUGUAAUUAUGAGUUUGUUGCAUAUGCUAAUAGUUUAGUUGCUGAUGGAUAUGUUUCACCCACCGAGUGGUUGGCUAUCAAAAAGGACCUUAAAAGAUUCUUAAACUUUAUUAAUGGUCGAGAUACAAACCAUGUUGACAGUAGAGCUGGUUUUGUUGGGACACCUACUACGUUUGUUUCUUUGACAACUAAGAAUCUUAAUAUGCCUGUUGAAAGAAUGAGAGAAAUAUGUGAAGGUGCUGAUGCUGUUGAAUUACGUGUUGAUUUACUUCAAAAGCCUGAAGAAAAGGAAAAUCUAACUUAUAUUGAGUAUGUUGGCGAACAACUUGCUAUUUUACGUCGUGCUGUCUCGAUUCCUGUUAUAUUUACAGUUCGAUCUAAAGGACAAGCUGGUGCUUAUCCUGAUGAUGACGAAGAAGGCAUGUUUGAGUUACUUAAUUGGGGACAACGUUGGGGUUGUGAAUAUAUUGAUGUAGAGAUGUGUUGGACUCCUACUGCAAUUGAAAAGCUGAUUGCUAAUAAGGGUGAAAGUCUUAUUAUUUCAUCAUGGCAUGAUGUCCAAAACACUACCCCUUGGGACAGUAAAGCUAUUCAGCUCAAGUAUGAAACUGGUGAGAAAUAUGGCGAUAUUAUCAAGUUGGUUGGUGUUGCAAAAACAUUCCAAGAUAACAUGAUUCUGGAGACCUUCCGUGCUUCAAAGAUAGGAGGUAAAGAUUUAAUUGCCAUUAAUAUGGGCGCAGCUGGUCAGUUAUCUCGUGUUACAAAUGAAUGUUUAACACCUAUUACACAUCCUGCUUUACCUCAAAAGGCUGCUCCUGGUCAACUGUCUUUAGCUGAGAUUAAUAAAGCACGCCAUCUUAUUGGCCUUUUGCCUGCUCAAUCUUUCUGGUUAAUUGGUACACCCAUUCAACAUUCUAUGUCACCUACACUUCAUAAUACUGGUUUCAACGUCUUGGGUCUUCCUCAUCACUAUAAACUCCUUGAAUGUCAUAUGGUUGAAUAUGCUGAAGACGCUAUUCUGAACGAUCCUAAUUUUGGAGGUGCUUCUAUAACCAUUCCCCAUAAAGUAGCUAUUAUGAAAUAUUUAGAUGAAGUCACUGAGGAUGCUAAAAUUAUUGGUGCUGUUAAUACUAUUUUUGUUCGUAAUACGACUAUGAAUGGCGAAAAGAAGCGUUUAUUAGUUGGUGAGAAUACAGAUUACAUAGGUAUGAAGCGUCGUAUCCAAUCACUCAUGCUGGAUAUCAAUAAUCCUCCUCCUCAGGGUCUUGUUAUUGGCGCCGGCGGCACUGCGCGUGCAGCUUUAUAUACCUUACAAAAAAUUGGGAUCAAAAAGAUUUAUUUGUGGAAUAGAACUAUUUCAAAGGCGUAUGAUCUUCAAAACGCUUUUAAGGGCAUUAUUGACAUUGAGGUUGUUGAGACGUUAGAGGCAAAGAUAGAGCCCGGUGUCAUCAUUUCAACUGUUCCUGCUGAUUCAGGUAUUGAGUUACCCAAUCAUCUUUAUGGAGGAAUUAAGGGCAUUAUUUGUGAUAUGGCUUAUAAACCUCGUCGUACUAAAUUGCUUCGUCAAGCUGAACGUAAAGGAUGGUCCUGUGUAGAAGGUAUUGAAGUCUUGAUAUCUCAAGGUAUUGCUCAAUUUGAAAUUUGGACUGGCAAACACGCCCCUAUUGAUAAGAUUGAAGAAGAGGUCCUAAAAAAAUAUGAAUUAUAA